UUUUUAUUGAUAGUAUGAAUUAAACAUGGUUUAGAAUUAAGAGUUAAAAACUUGUUUUGUCAAAAACAUUUUUAUUGAUAGUAUGAAUUAAACGUUUUACAGAAGUCGCCGAUCCCGAUCCCGACACAAACCGUUUUCCGAUGCAAUCCUCUCUUGCUCUCACACCGCUUUCUAUGACCAUUCCGCCACUGCAAACCACAAAUCUGUAAGCAUAUGUCACUAUUAUUUUUCACACACCCUUCUCUUGAAACCAAAACCCCUCUUUGUUUUCUUACUCACAAAUAAAAAUUGAUCUUUUUCCACUGUGCUAGAUUACGUUAGAUAAUAAGAUUCAUUGUGCAUACUUGAAUUCUGAUGAGUAAGAAUGCAAUCAAAUUCCAAAAGUUUGAGCCUAGCUCCAGCUUUGAGUAUAUUUCCAAAUCUGAAACCUCCUCACAAAACCCUACUUUUCCACCAAAUAUGUGUUCUUCUUAUCACAUUUCUUGCCUAUGCUACAUUCCAUGCAUCUAGGAAACCUCCCAGUAUUGUUAAGAGUGUUUUGGGACCUACUGCUCCAACCAAUUUAACUCAUGUUGAUUUAGGUUGGCCCCCUUUUAAUGGUACUCAGGGAACUCACCGCCUCGGCGAGGUUGAUCUCGCAUUCCUCACUACUUACUCUAUUGGCAUGUAUUUCGCAGGUCAUGUUGGAGAUAGGAUUGAUUUGAGGUUGUUCCUUGUGUUUGGGAUGAUGGGUAGUGGGUUUUUUACUAUACUUUUUGGGUUAGGCUACUGGUUAGAUGUUCAUGUCUUGGGGUUUUUCGUCGCUGUUCAGAUUUUUUGUGGACUGUUUCAGUCCAUUGGUUGGCCUUGUGUUGUUGCAGUUGUGGGGAAUUGGGUCGGGGAAUCAAAGAGGGGAUUGAUAAUGGGGGUAUGGAAUUCUCAUACCUCCGUGGGGAAUAUAAUUGGUUCAGUUAUUGCCUCCGGUGUCUUGGAAUUUGGAUGGGGUUGGUCUUUUGUGCUGCCUGGAUUUUUGAUUAUUUUGGUUGGGGUUUUGGUAUUUUUGUUUCUUGUUGUGAAUCCGGAGGAUAUAGGGUUUGCGCAUUCUGGAAUGGACGUUGAAAUGAGUGUUGAGGCAGACAGUGCGGAGGUUCCGCCAAAAGUUGAUUCAGAGGAAGCAAAGCUAAUUGUUCCUGAUAAUUCCGUUACAGAUUCUUCAUCUGCUAUUGGAUUUAUAGAGGCGUGGAAAAUACCUGGAGUUGCUCCGUUUGCAUUUUGUCUCUUUUUCUCAAAAUUUGUUGCUUACACUUUCUUGUAUUGGUUACCCUUCUACAUCAGGCACACAGCGGUUGCUGGUGUUAAUCUAUCUCACAAAACUGCUGGGUUACUUUCAACAAUAUUUGACAUUGGAGGAGUCUUAGGAGGAAUAACAGCCGGUUUCAUUUCUGAUAUGAUUGAAGCGCGUGCUGUUACUUCAAUUAUGUUCUUGUUUCUAUCAAUUCCAGCACUUCUUUUGUAUCGCUUUUUGGGGAGCAUCUCUAUGUUUACCAACAUCACAUUGAUGUUUCUUUCUGGAUUUUUGGUGAAUGGUCCAUACUCGCUAAUCACAACUGCUGUGGCUGCCGAUCUCGGUACUCAGGGCUUUAGUGGUGGGAGUUCUCGGGCACUGGCUACUGUUACUGCAAUCAUUGAUGGUACUGGUUCUGUUGGAGCUGCUCUUGGACCACUUCUAGCAGGUUAUGUUUCAACUAGGGGAUGGAACUGUGUAUUUUUUAUGCUCGUUUUAUCUAUUUUCUUUGCUGGUUUAUUCUUGAUUCGAGUUGCAAGAACUGAGAUACAAGAGAAACUUUCUGGAAAGUGAUUUGAAAUUUUGAGAAAUAUGAAUUCUGUUUUAGUAUAGGUCCUUUAUUGAUCAUACAUUACACACAUUUUUCUCAGUAUAUAAAUAUUAGCUAUUAAAGAAAAAAAUAUUUUUGGAAUGCUUCAUUAACGUUUGUAACUUUGUAUAAUGUUUUCAUUCUUUAUUUGAUGAUUGUAAACUCAUAAGUAGAAGAAUGUCUAGGUGAGACAAUUCAACA